AUGCCCGCGAGCACCCAGUAUGAGGUCCUGCUCGACUUUACCAACGACACGCAUGAUUGUGCCACCGUGCAAUUGUUGCGCAACUAUGGCCGGAACUCGGGCGCGAUCGUCUUACUACAUCCGGGCGAGAGCAUCACGCUCGUCUUGGACGCAGGGUCGGUCUAUCAAUACGCACUAAAGACACGGUCGAAGGUGGCGAACGUGACAGCUCGGGCGUGGAGAGACGUCAACUGCACCGUCUCUCAGCUCUUCCCUAGCGGCUCACACACCAUGUCGCAAGCCUCGUCGGAUUCUUGGAGACCAGUACACGGCAUCACCGUCGACCGGUUAUGGAGAGACAUGCGUUUCUGCAUGUGGAACGACUCGUAG